AUGGCCAAGUCAGCCUGCGAUGCGUACUUGUUGGUGCCCAGCGCUGAGGCACGAGGGCACGGGAUGGGCAGAGACCGGGGUGGCUUGCUGGACACCGCCACCGUAGACGGCUGCGUCCGCCAGCAGGGCCUCUCCCUGAGGCGGCGGCGAGGGUGCGUCGCCUCGCAUACGGUGGCCCUGUUCGCCGCGGCGGCGCUCGCGGUGGCGCUCCCGCUGGAGCUGCGGCGCAGGGGAGGGGGCUCCGGGUCCCCGCCGCUGGGCCGCGUCUCCCUGCAGGCCGUGGCCGGCGGCCUCGCCCAGCCUGCGGCCGGCGCCGCCGCAGAGGCCCAGCAGGGCACAGGCGCGCAGGGCAGCUACCUGGCGGGCUGGCCGGGCGCGCCCUCGGGCGGCCAGACCGCACUGGGCGAGGCCCAGCAGGGCACAGGCGCGCAGGGCAGCUACCUGGCGGGCUGGCCGGGAGAGACGCCCAGAGGCCUCCCUGGUGGCUUGAAGAGGCCGCCCUACAGCAGGACGCCCGUCGGCUCCGGCGGCGCCAACGCGCUGGGCGUGGCGGUGCUUGCCUCGUUCGCGCCCAGUGGGCUGGCCUGGAGUUGGUCCACCACCAUUGGGCCCCGGCGCCGCGGGCCCAACGACACCGCCGAGGUGAAGGAUGAGGUCCUGCAGCUCGAGUUCACCGCGCUAUACCAGACGUGUUGCGCGUGGCGCUAUGAGGACGGGGACUGGGAGGAGGAUGACGGCGGAUCACUGGCCCUUGGCGUGGCCACCCCCCACGAUAGCCGCGGCAGAGCUCCCGCGGGCGCGCAUCGCGUGCCGCCAGGUGAGCCGCCGGCUGGGGGGGCAAAGGCGGAGGCCCACAGAGACCCCGACGAUCCAGAUAAGCCAGGCGAGGCAGAGCUGGACAGGUCAAAGCUGGACUUCAACGACCCAGAGCGCAUCAAGCGGCUGGGCCUCUGGCGACGGGUCGUCGCGGAAGACGCUCGCCCAUAG